ACAAAAUGGCGGGAAAAUGCACCUAUUGAUAUUCACAGGAUACAUUUAUUAUGGAAGUCGAUAUUAAUGUAUCUUCAUUUAUUAUAUAUAACUUCAAGUAUAUCUCAAUCUGUGUUAUAGUAACCUCAAACAGGUAUGUAGGAGUAAUUUAUGACAGAUUUCGUAUUUUGAGGUGAACUGCCCCUUUAAGGAAAAUAUAAUGGCGUCGCGGUUUGAUAAUAAGCGGUUUUGGUAGAAAAUACACCCAUAAACAUGUUAUUUUAAGCCAUUUUUGAGCGUUUUGUAUAGAUAUAUCACUCUGUUUUGUACUAUAUUCAAUCUGCUAAGCCUUAUACAAAGUUUGUUCAUCAAAAAAUGAUUGUGAAAUGUUGCAGAUACUUGAGGGAGGUGUCACAGAUCAGUGUGGCGAGGGAUUUCUCCAGCUCUCAAACUCUUUAAUUAAUUUAAAACCAUCUAGAGCAAUUUAAAAGAUUAAAAGCCAAAUUAUCAAAUCCACAGCACGCAAUUAUGGGUAAUUACCACAAGUUUUAUUGGGUGAAUGACAAAAGGUUGCCGUAUAAAAACUAAAGCUUGUGGAAUAGCAUAGUAUUAACAGCAGAAGUUGUUGGGAUGUGAAAACGAGAAUCAGGGCAGAAUCAGCUAUGGCAACUUUAAUCUUCGUUUACUAUCUCCUGACUGCAGUCUGUCUCAAUCUGGCUGCUCCAGUGAAGGAAACCAGGAGCAGGAGGACUAGAGAUAUGAGUAUAGAGGACUUAUAUCAACCAAUGCGUCCAGGUCAAUCAGGCUUUCCAUUUGUUUUCCUCAUGCCUACGGAUCAGUUUCCUGGAAUGCAACUUACGCCCAACAUUUCUCCAAGUAUCAUACGCCCAUAUUCACCUGAUUUCUACCCAUUUCGGUAUCCAAAUCCCUAUCUACCCCCAUAUCUGCAUCCACAUCUACAUCGAUAUCCAUAUCUACAUCGAUAUCCACACCCUGGUCCACGCUUAUUCCCCUUCAGGCCAUCUGUGGCAGUGCAACCCCCCAUUAUCGUAGUGGACAGAGUCCCGAGUCCCACCACAGUCUCCCCGACAGCCAGACCCCAAACCACAGCCAUUGCUGUUGGAUGAGGAGCAUCUUUCUGGAGCCCAAUCAUCACUUUCAGCUAUCACAUAAAACAUGACUUGAUUGUGAAUCAAACUUGAAUUUAAUAGAUUGUUUAAUGUUUUUAUAAUAUUUUAAAUGUAUGCUUUUUUUGUUCUCAAACUAAUGUUUGGACUGGUGUUGAGUGAAAAAAUCAUGGAAAUAUUAAAUAUUAGUAAUCAAGUUUCUGUCUUAUCAUUUAGAGCAG